CGUGACUGACGGCCAUGACAGCUACCGAGGCGGCAGUGCUCACCGAGCAUGGGCGGGGGCUGCCGCACUGUCGCAGUCACCUCAAAACGCUCCUUUCACUGGACUUUUCUAACUUCUCCCUGGUCCUUCCUCUUGGGCUUCAGUGUCGUCCCCCGAGAGGAAGGAAAGAGGUGGUGGGCUUCCCAAGCCGAGAAAGGAUGCCGCAAUAGCUAUGGCGGCCCUCGGCGGAGUGGGGCGGCCUCAACCUAACAGGGGCGGGGCCUCGGGGGCGGGGCCUUGGCGGGGCGGCCUCUUCGGAGCCGCAAAGUUUGGCUGUGGCGGCAAAUGGGCUUGGGCGGCUCCUCGGCGGGUGGCGGUGGUGGCCUUAGCGGUUCCUCCUGGCUCUGUUAAUGUCGGGGCCAGGCCCGGGGAGGAUGGCGCCCUAGAGCCCGGCCUUGCUGGGUAGGGGCGGGAGGGGACGGGGUGGGGACCGGCCAUGUCGGAGGUGACCCGGAGUCUGCUGCAGCGCUGGGGCGCCAGUUUUAGGAGAGGCGCCGACUUCGACUCUUGGGGCCAGCUGGUGGAGGCGAUAGACGAGUAUCAGAUAUUAGCAAGACAUCUACAAAAAGAGGCCCAAGCUCAACACAACAAUUCUGAAUUCACAGAAGAGCAAAAGAAAACCAUAGGCAAAAUUGCAACAUGCUUGGAAUUGCGAAGCGCAGCUUUACAGUCCACACAGUCCCAGGAAGAAUUUAAACUGGAGGACCUGAAGAAGCUAGAACCAAUCCUAAAGAAUAUUCUCACAUAUAAUAAAGAAUUUCCAUUUGAUGUUCAGCCUGUCCCAUUAAGGAGAAUUUUAGCCCCUGGUGAGGAAGAGCAUUUGGAAUUUGAAGAAGAUGAAGAAGAAGGUGGUGCUGGAGCAGGGUCUCCUGAUUCUUUUCCUGCUAGAGUGCCUGGUGGGUACAAAAAAUGUACAUUAUAUAAUUCAAGGUCAGGUGUUUGGAACUUACUUUUGUACUAGUUAGUGGCGGGUAAAAC